AUUCUCUACGUUAUCCGCUGUCGCGUUUAUAUCAUAUCUAUCAUCUAUACUCUAUAAUAAAUAAUUUUAUAUCCUAUACCGAAGUAAAAUUAUUCUUGUUUACUUCAAACAGGUAAUUCUAGGUAUCGGUAAUUUUUUAAUUUAAUUACUAUAGUACCUAAGUGUUAUAGUUCAAAAUAAUACAAUGGAAGGAUCUAAGAUGUCACAAGACGAACUUGUUGAAAAAUUAAAACAACAAGUAGCAUUAGAAAAUAUUGAGCUAUUAUUGACGGUAAGCCUUAUUCAAUUUCUUACCGAAAACAAUUAUAGCGUUUUACUUAAUCUAAUAAAUCUAAAUAUUUAGUGUUCUAUGAUUAUUUACAUUAUACGUAUGCUUUCGUAUUAUAAUAAUCUCUUAUAUGACUUCUAAUUACCUACAUCUAUAAUUUUUUUGAAAAACUAAUAUCUACUUUUGCUUAUUCAACUUGUUAUAGUAAAUAAGAAAUAGUCGAAAUUGUUAAAACUAGAACUUAUUGAUUUAAGCUUAUUGUGCAAAAGGGUUUCUGUAAGAACACAUUUUUACUUGACACACCUAAUUUUUAUACCUUAUAUUUUAUGCUUAUAACUUAAAUACUAAUUUAAAAUUGUAUGUCAUUAAUUUGACUGUCAUAAAUGAGAUUUAUAUAUGUGUAUCUAUUAUGCAUAUUUAAGUAUAGAUAAGGGUAUAGAUUGUCAUCUUCUUUUAGUUUGAAAUAAACGUAAACCGUGUAUUAAUUAAAUUUGCAAAAUUACGAAUAUAGUAUAUUGUAUUUAAUGUAAUCGUUAAUAGAUUUGUUUAGUAAUUGUGUUAAUAUUAUUAUAAAUGAUUACAAAUGAUUUAAAUAAAAUUAUUUUAUAUUCAAUUAUGUAUAAUGUGCAAAGUUCGCAUUGCAGUAUCAGUUGAUACACAUAAGAUAUAUGAUAGCAGCCACUGGUGUAUUGUUAUAAGAAUGAAAAUUUAAAACCACAAAAUAUCAGAAUAUCUUAUUUGUUAAACCUAAUAUAGGUUAUAAAUGAUUCAAUUAUACAUAAAAUAACAUUCAUUUUGUAAUAGUAUACAUAGGCACAACUAGACCACCAACUUUGGAGGUGCUAAAAUUAUAAACACAUCACAGGCCCAUAGAGGCAAUAUCCCCAUAAUCCUCUUUUUUACGAUACUUAUAAUGAACAACUACACAUUUUAUUUACAAUUUUCUUUAUAAAAUGUAUGAUAACUUUUUUUCAUUUUAUUUUUUAUACACACAUACAUUGUCUGUAAAUAAUAUUUAUUUUAUUCUGCUUAUUUAUAUUAUGAAAUAGGUACAUGGAUAAAGUAGUUGGUCUAUACUAAAAAACAACUCGUUGGGUAUUUUUAGUAAUGCUAUUUUUAAACUUGAGGGUGCUAAAGACCCUAUAGCACCCCCUAGCUAUGCCUAUGAUAACAUAUUUACUUAAAAAACUAUGUUCAAUUGGUGAAUUAGAAGUCUGUUUUAAAUUACAAAAUAUUAUAAACAUAUAUUCUCAAUAUAGAUUUGAUUAUUUAUUUUAUAUGAUUUUUAACAAAUGUGGCAGUAUCAAUUUUUGUUUUCUUAUCUAACAAAAAUAUGAUUAGGUACUGAAGAAAUAAAAAAAUAGUUCUUUAAAUUAAACAAGUUUUUAACAUCAAAAUUGUCUAUUAAUCAACUUUAAAAUGUUCACUAUUAUCUGAGUUGCAAAUAGUAAUAAAUAAAUACAUUUUUAAAUGAUCAAAAUAUUUAAAAUAUAUUUAAAUAAAAUAAAAAAAAGUAUAUAUAUUUCAUAUUAAAAACUCAAUAUAUAUUUAUUAAACUAUUAAAAAUGUUUUUUUUUUUUUAUCAAUAUUGUCAGAUCAUAAUAUUAUGUAGUCUAUGAUGUUGUGCUUGUGUGAACCCUAAUUCAAUAUAUGCAAAUAAAAAUGUAUUUUAAAUUAUAAUUAAUAUUAUUAUGUGAUGUUUUUAUUUUAGAAAAUGAGUAGACUGUGUUUCAAUAAAUGUGUUACUAAACCAGGAGGUUCUUUGGAUAGUACUGAACAAGUAAAUAUUUUUAUUUUUAAAUUUAAAAUACAAUUUAAUAUUACAGUAUUGUUUUAUUAGAAAUGUGUAUCAAUGUGCAUGGACCGUUAUCUGGAAACGGUAACUCUAGUUUCCAAGUCAUUUGGUGAACGAUUAAUGGCUGAAGCUCAAAAUAUGAACUAAUCCAAGUCAAGACAUGAGUGUUAUUUGUGUAGAUAUAGUGUUUUUUGUCAUACUAUUCGUACUUGUUAAUUCCCAAUUUAAUAUUAAGUUUUAAAAAUAAAAAAUUAUUUGUUUGUAUAAAAAUAAUAAAAUAUAUUUCUAUAGAUUGGAAUUUAAUGUAUUUUGCAAUGGAACGUUCAUAGUUGUAAAUUACGGGUUUUUAUCAUCUCUGGACUGCCGUUAUUAGUCUGAAACAAAUAUAUAUAUACUAAAUUAAUUAUACA